AUGGUUAUAGCCUCAAAGGUAAAUUUACCACAACUUGAAAUCCAUAGGCUGUAUCAGAUUGAUCUCACGUUGUACAAGACCCACCAGCUCGGGCUUGGGCGCAGUAGAGUAACGCAGCUAGUUCUGCAACGACGUGAGGAUAUACGAAGAAGACACUGGCCUUCUCUAGCUGGAUCGGAGCCGGAGCUGGUUGCUAUCUUCCCCGUUCAUGGUUCGGAGAUUUUGGAAGAAAUUUGUGAGAUUUUGAGGAAUAUGGGUAUGAUGGGCUUGGAAAUUGGCAAGAAGACAUUUGGUCAGUGUCAGGAGCAAGCUAGUGGGAAAGACAAAAUAAAUUGUUACGAUAUCAAUAUGGGGAAUGAUACUCACAGUCACACAAUGAAUUCUUCAGAUAAAGCAGUUCACAUUGAUGACGGUGCUGUAGAAGUAAAUUUUGAGAUUGGAUCUUCUAGAUACAGAACUAAGGCGAGACCUACCUCAUCAGAAGAAUCUUCGUGUUAUUUGACGGACACUCCAGAGAGAGAUGCAGAAUCAGAUCCCGAGUUAAAAGAUCUGACGGCCCUUAAUGAACGGUCAUAUUCUGCAUCUCUCUCUGCAUCACCUGCUACACCCGCCACACCAACCAAAAAACGGCUCCGAGAGGACGGCACUUCUAUACGCCUUUUUGAAAGCGAUCUGUCGUGGACAGAUCGGGAGAUUUUCAACACUGCCAAGCGUCACAAUGGAGCCUCAGUGACAAGCUUUCGUAGUACGAACAUUAGAUCCAGCCCUCCUCGACCUCAGACGGUUCUGCAAGCUGCUGCCCUCAGUCAAAGGAUUCCGUUGCACAGCCUGCUUACCCACCAAUCUAAACCUCCAAUUGAUCCUCUUCUUCCCAAUCGGCUCAGCACCUCUCGCGCUGAUACUAACACCCUUCCCCAGGCUUCUCUUCACGUGGCCCAAAAGGAAGUCAUUAAUCUAGACGACGACGAAGAAGACAUCCGCACCUUCCAACUACCUCUCGGGGCCGAGAUUAUCGAUCUCGAAGAUCACGAGAUAGAAGCUGAACUCGAGAAAGAGAUCUUUGGAAUUGAGCCACAAAUUGAUAAUCAAGACAAUUUCAAACGUGCUUCUCUUGUCCAACGAAACCCUGAGAUCGUACCUCCCAAUAUAGAGAUUACAUCCUUAGCCUGGAAAUCCAGUUCGCUCAGGCCCGGAAAAGCAGUUGAACUCAAAAAUGGAACCUUUUUAAAGAUCAGAUCAAUUGUCAAGAAUCUUACAAAUGAUCAAGUUUCGAUCAGAGGGUGGAAGCUCGUGCGGACUCGCGAUUUCAUUUUUGGAGGUGUUCUACAAAAGAAGAGGAACGAAUUGGCGUUCAUUCAUGAAAUUGAUAGGGACGAUAGACGAGAUAUUUUGGAACAAUCUGUACAUACAAUUCAGCUUGACGAUAUUGUGAAGAUACGCCGUUUGAUCUGUACUAAUCGAUCGUUCCCGGAGUGUAGGUACAAUAAAGAGCACAUUCCUCCAGAUAUUGCAAGGAAGGAACCGAAGGAAAUAAUUAAAUUUGUAGAAGAUGAAUUGGAACUGGUAGCUAGAUGGGCUUUAGUGGCAAGGUAUUCGGAUGCGGAAGCAAGAGUGAGGAAAGGUUCGGUGGUGGAUAAACCCAGAGAUUCAGCGAUUUUGAGAUCACUGAACAAGGAAGAAUGUACAAAGGGAGACUUUGUCAAACCGAAUAUUAGGAAGCUAUUAUGGAGAGGUGAAACCGUUUUAGGCGGCGCAGGAAAUCCUAAUGGCGACAAGUCAUCCAACGCUGGCUCGCACUACACGUAUGGCGAUGGCUAUUGCGGAGCAGGGGGUAUGACAGUAGGUGCGGCAGCCGCCGGCCUUGACAUCAAAUGGGGCUUCGAUUUCAACUCUCACGCCGGCCUUACAUGGCAAAAGAACUUUCCCAAUGCCAACUUUCAUCUCCUACCCGUCAACGAGUUUGCAGAUCUUCACGAUCCCCAUCAGAAUCUUUGGGUGGACAUCCUGCACCUAUCUCCUCCCUGCCAAGUUUUCUCACCCGCCCACACAGUUCCGGGACGCAACGAUGAAAUGAAUUAUGCGAGUCUCUUUGGUGUCGGAGCUGCGAUCAAGAAGUCUCGACCGAGAAUCGUCACGCUGGAGCAAACUUUCGGAAUCCUACAUCCGAAGAAUAAAAGGGCUUUUGAUGGGUUGAUCGGCUGUUUUGCGGAUCUGGGCUAUGAUGUUUCGUGGCAAGUAGUGAAGUUUCAGGGUCCCGGAGAAACCCUCCCACACAUGCCCCAAUACACGCACACCGACCCGUUCCUCUGCACCCCCAACCAAGCACUCUCCUCGAUCCCCGACAACGCUCCCAACCACGAUCCCCAAAGCGCACAACUGAACCGCUCAAACCAUGUUCCCUGGGACGGCUCCGUUGUUUGCGGCUGCAUCAUGACGGGUGGAGCUACCGGCCUCGGUUUACCAGAUGGAAGUCGAGGAUUGACGAAUAGGGAAUUGGCGGCGUUGCAGGGAUUUCCACUCAAACAUGUUUUUCAUGGUCAGGAAAUUAGGAAACAGGUGGGGAAUGCUGUACCUCCUAUUUUUGGGGAGGUUCUGUUGGGGAGUAUAAGGAGACAGUUGGAGAGGAGGGAUAAUUGGGUUAGAGAGGAGGGGAUUGUGAUUAGUGAGGAUGAUGAGUGA